AUGGAUACGUCGCAUAAAAGACAUAUGGGUGAAGGUGUUGGUGUUGGGGACCAUCUGAUGCCAGAAACGCCAGGAUUAGCCACGCUCGGUAUGAGGAUUAGAAGAGCCGUUGCUCAAGGAUACAAUAAUGUUCAGGUCGACGAAGAGGCUCUUAAUAAUAAGAGAACAACAUUGCCAGCGCAUUUAGCUGCUGUUCCUUCAUUAAUGGGCGGAGGAUCUACCAUUGAAUCGAGUUCCGACGUGGCAUCUUGGGAAUCAAGGUACCAACCUGUGCUUCAAACUAUUGAACAAAUUGAACCCAGCCGUAAGAGCAAGAGAAGAUAUGAGGAUGAUGAUGAACUGGUUGAUCGUCAUGAGCAUGAAUAUGGAGGGUUAAGAUUUGAUGAGGAGUUUUAG